AUGGAAAAUUUACCUGCGUUUCCCAAAUUUGAUGUUUACGCUGACGAAAAUUCCCUAGGUGUUCGGUGUGACAAAUAUGUAGAUAAAUUGGAGAAUUUAUUUGUUUGGCUAGGUAUAAAUACAAGAAAAAGGAAAAAGGCACGGUUACUGCACUAUGCUGGAGAUGAUGUAUAUGACAUUUAUGAUACGUUAAAUCUGCAUGGAGAGAGUGAAAAUUACGAUGAAACAAAAGCUGGACUUACGAACUACUUUAAACCUAGAAAAAACACUCAGUUUGAAAUUUUCGAAUUCAGGAAUAUUAAACAGUUGCACGGUGAAACGAUUGACCAAUAUGUGACUAGAUUGCGACAAAAAGCUAAAACUGUGAAUUUUCGGACACUGAGUCAGAAAUUAAAAGCCAAAUCAUACAGGGUGUUAUUUCGCAAAAAAAUGAGAAUGCGAUGUUUGCAAGAUUCAGAAAAAUCACUUAAUGACUUACUUACAAUGAUGAGAACAAUGGAAAUUUCGAAGACUCAAGCAACAAGUAUGUCAAAGGACACUAGUAGUCAGCAGGUAGUGCGUGUAAAAAGCAAUCCACAUUUUAGUCGGAAAUCAAAGGGAUUCAGACCACAACGUUCGCAACAACGUUCUAGUUCAUACCAAGGUUUACCGCAAGCAGGCUCGUCGUCGGGAAGGCGAAUCAGUCCUCAACAAACCAGCAAGAAAUGUCGUAACUGUGGAGGAAAAUACCCACAUAUAUCACGUUGCCCCGCGCUUGGAGCAGAAUGUAAUUAUUGCCAUAAGAAGAACCAUUAUAUAUCGGUUUGUAGAAAACGCAGGAAGCAGGUGACAUUGAUCGAGGAUGAACAACCGGAUUUAGAAGUUUUAACAGAUGAAUACGCGACGGAUUCAAUUCGGAUGAAUGUGAUGUGCUAUUUGGAUUUAUGUCAGAUGGGAAAAAAGUGCCAAAGAAAGGAUAAAAUUAAAUGGCGUAGAUGUGAAUGUUUUGAUUGA